UUUAAGGACUUUUCCAACGAAUCACCCGCGCGAUGGCCAAUCUCUUUGGCAAAGCCGAUAAGGAAGACGGUGGCGGCCGAAGCGUGAGGUGCCGUGGUCAUUGUAGUAGCCUACAAUGGGUUGCACGACGAGGCCGGGAGGGGUCCACAGAGCCAGAUGAACGAAGCCCAUGUGUAAGGACAGUUCCGAGGUGCCUAACCUCAGACGUAACCCCGAUUAUUGCUGACUUAAGCAUCGGAGUGUCUACCCCGAGGACUCACCUCGGGGCUUUGCAGGUCAAUCCGGCGUGCAGAUACGGACUGAAGAAGGACUUCUGGUUUGCUGGAAACUCGUCUCAGCCUCCCGGACGAGGUCAGGCCCCCAGCAACCUUCCACCUCAUCUUCCACCUCUAAUUCCGCAUACAUUCCCUCAUGUUGACCAGGCAGAAGGAGGAGAUGAAAACCAACUGCACAAUUCGGCUCACAACUCAGCCUUUAUUGCCAACCAAGACGUAGUUGCGGCUCAGCUCACUGCCAUGCAACAACAGAGUGGUGUCUUUCAGCAAGUGCUGGCUCAGCUGUUGGCCCGGAACAAUCCUGGUGAUCCACUCAUUAACCUACUUAAUCCUGUUUCACAACCCCCAGCUCCACAACAAAAUCCUGAGCCAGUUCAGCAUGCUGCUGCUAUUAAAAAGCUAGUAGCAGAACAGCGAGGUGCCCCACCUCCACACCAUGCUGCUGACUCCAUACCUCAUCCUUUGAACACCAACAUUACAUUGGAACCCUACCCCGCUAGCUUCAGGAUACCACUACUCGAAACUUAUGAUGGGACGAAGGACCCCGAUGAUCAUCUCCAUGCUUUCUACUCUUGCAUGCAAGCCCAGAACUCCUGUGAUGCAUUGAUGUGCAAAAUCUUUCCCUCUACUCUCCGAUGUAAUGCUCGAACCUGGUUGAUCAGGAAAACUACUUCCGAGCUAAUGCGAGUUAGGCAGAGAGACGGAGAGUCUUUGAAGAAUUUCAUGAGCAGAUUCAAUGAUGUAGUACUGGAAGUUAACUCCUUUGACCAGGCUGUGGGAAUUACAGCUGUGAUCUCAGGUCUUAGCCAUGAGAGAUUUAGGGAUAGCCUACUUAAACAUCCUGCAACCACCUUCAGCGAGGUAAAUGAUAGAUCAUUGAAAUUUAUCACUGCUGAGGAGUAUGCCCUGUCGCAGAACCCAGCUCCUAUUAAGAACCAAAACCCGGACUGGAGAGAUGAGAAUCCAAACAGGAAGCGGAUGAAGACAACACAGAACCGAGGUUCGAUGUCGACUUCCACCCCGAGAUUCGGAAGGCUGAACUCAGCACCUCCACAGCAACCUGCAGGUAAACCUCCAGUUACUUGGACUCCUUUUAACUUACCGAGGUCACAGAUCUUUAUGCAGAUUAAGAACAAGAUGGACCUAAGGCAUCCUGGUCCGAUGAAAACUGCUCCUGCUAGCCGAGAUCAUACUAGAUAUUCUGAACAGCCACGGUUUGUUAGAGAACAAGGGCCACAGCCUCAAGGAGUCCAUAACCCGCCAAACCGGCAAGGUGUGGGAUUUCAACAAGCCCUACCUCCGCUCCCACCACCAGAUCGAAUCAUACACAUGAUCACGGGAGGCUUGGAAGCCGGUGGACUGAGCUCUAAGCAGCGAAAGUUGUAUGUCAGAGAGCGGUAUGAUGGUCCCAUCUACGGAUUCAACAACCAACCAGUCCCAGUUGAAGGAGUCCUUACUAUGAAUGUUGCAUUUGGAAGUGGCCGAAGUUAUGUGACCCCUUCAGUUAAGUUUCUAGUAGUCAAGAUGGCGUUCUCUUUCAACGUCGUCAUUGGCCGACCCACACUAACUGAGAUCCAAGUUGUGGUUUCCCAGUCUCACCUAUGUAUGAAAUUCCCAACUCCUACGGGAAUAGCAACGUUGCGAGGCAACCAAGAGGUGGCCCGACAUUGCUAUAUCACCUCGGUCACACAACCUCAGAAGGGCAAAGAUCAGACGCCCGAAGCCAAUCCCAAACAGAUUCCUGACAAUCGGCAAGUUAUGGGUGUUGAAAUAGUAGAUAACAGACCAGAAGAUGAAACCAGAGCUGCUCCAGUCGAAGAUGUGGAAGAGGUACAGAUUGAUGACAGAGAUCCAACUAGGAAAACACAGAUAGGAACUCGGCUGAGCUCCGAUGAAAGAACAGAACUAAUAGCCUUUCUCCGAGCUAACAAAGAUGUUUUUGCAUGGACCUCAGCAGAUAUGCUAGGAAUUCCCACUUCGGUUUCUCAACAUAAACUUAGCACCAAUCCACUCAAGAAACCAGUAGCUCAGAAGCGGCGCCUCUUUGGGGGGGAGAGUUUAAAAGUUAUUAAAGAAGAAGUCGAGAAACUCCUACAAGCUGGCUUUGUCAGAAGGGUCAAUUACUGUGAGUGGGUCGCCAAUCCAGUGCUGGUGAAAAAAGCAAACGGUAAAUGGCGGAUGUGCAUUGAUUACACUAACCUCAAUGAUGCAUGUCCAAAGGACUGUUAUCCAAUGCCAAACAUUGAUAAGCUGGUUGAGGCAGCUUCUGGAAAUGAGAGAUUGAGUCUCUUGGAUGCAUAUUCAGGGUAUCACCAAGUGUUAAUGGCUCCAGAAGACGAAGAGAAAACCUCGUUCUAUGCCGGCGAUGAAAUCUAUUGCUACGUGAUGAUGCCCUUCGGCUUGAAAAACGUGGGUGCCACUUACCAGAAGCUAGUUACCAUCGUAUUCCGAGCUCAAAUAGGUAGGAAUCUAGAAGUUUAUGUUGAUGACAUAGUGGUGAAGAGUUUGAAAGCUGAGGAUCACUUAGCUGACCUCGAGGAGACAUUCAACAAUCUCAGGAAGAAUAGAAUGAGGUUAAACCCAGCAAAAUGCAUCUUCGGUGUUGAGUUGAGAAAAUUUCUAGGCUUCAUAGUAUCUAGAAGGGGGAUUGAGGUCAACCCUGAGAAGAUCAAAGCGGUAGCCGAGAUGGAGCCACCGAAGUCAGUGAAAGAUGUGCAAAGGUUGACGGGGAGAGUAGCAGCUCUUCAUAGAUACAUCUCGAAAUCAGCAGAUAAAUGCUUGCCGUUCUUUAAGAUCAUGAGAUUGGCAGCUCAGAAGGAUGAAUCUGGCAAACAAAAGAAGUUUGUAUGGAAUUCAGAAUGUCAAGCUGCCUUUGACGAGCUGAAAUCUUAUCUUAGCUCACCUCCUUUGUUGACAAAGGCUGAUGAUGGAGAAAUCCUUUAUUUGUACCUCGGCAUAUCAGAUGAAGCUAUCAGUUCUGUGCUAAAAGCAGCCUUAGCAGUUGUCACUUCGGCCAGGAAACUGCGGCCAUACAUCCAAUCACACCCGAUCAUAGUUCUCACGGAUCAGCCCCUCAGACAAAUCUUGCAGAAGCCCGAAUGCUCAGGAAGAUUGAUCAAAUGGGCAGUUGAACUAGGAGAGUUCGAAAUAACAUUUCAGCAGAGAUCUGCAAUCCGAGCUCAAGCACUGGCGGAUUUUAUUAUAGAGUGCACUCCAGGCCAUCCAACCCCUAAUUCAGAACCCAAUGACUGGACCUUAUAUGUUGAUGGAGCAUCUAGUAGCAAGGGUUCCGGAGCUGGCGCUCUCUUGAUUGGCCCCAAUGGAUACCGAAGUGAACAUGCUCUGAAAUUCAACUUCAAUGCAACAAACAACAUGGCUGAGUAUAAAGCCCUGCUACUUGGUCUGCAACUAGCAUUGGAGUUGAAAAUCAGUGCAAUCCAAGUAUACAGUGAUUCUCAGCUAGUGGUGAAUCAAAUCAACUCAAUUUGUGAAGUCGUUGAUCCGGUGAUGGUGAAAUAUGUAGCCCUGGUAGCUAGCCGAGUUGAAAUGCAGAUUUCAGAAAUUCUACGAGCCUACCUUCUUAAAGCCCAAAAUGAUGGAGAUAAACGGGAAGAGAUGAAGUUGAGGAAGAAAGCAUCUCGGUACACCCUUGUUAAUGAUGUCCUUUAUAAGAGAUCUUUCUCACUUCCUCUUCUACGGUGCUUGAAUCCCUACGAAGCUGAGUAUGCAUUGCGGGAGGUACAUGAAGGCGUCUGUGGGAGUUACAUUAGUGCUAGAACUCUCGCCCACAAAGUUUUAAGGCAAGGAUAUUACUGGCCAAAUAUGUACAAGGAUGCUACCCACUUUGUUCAGAGAUGCUCGAAGUGUCAGUUCUUCGCCCAUCUUACUCACCAACCAGUAGAAGAGCUUACGAACAUGGUAGCACCAUGGCCAUUUGCCCAGUGGGGGCUGGAUCUCUUGGGUCCUUUCGUGAAAGGGGUCGAUGGUGUAACCCAUCUCAUCGUUGGUGUUGAUUAUUUCACAAAAUGGGUUGAAGCUCGCGCAUUAUCCAGUUUUACCUCCAAGAAGGUCAAACACUUUGUUUUCAGUUUGAUUAUUUGCAAAUAUAGAAUCUCGAAUCAGAUUGUGGCUGAUAAUGGAACUCAGUUCAAUUGCUCCUCAUUCCGCGAUUUUUGUUCCAGCUACGGGAUCAAACUGCAGUUCACCUCGGUCUAUCAUCCAGAGUCCAAUGGCAUGGUCGAAUCUGUUAACAAGUGCAUUUUAGAAGGUAUAAAGCCAAGAUUGGAACAACAUAAGGCCAAAUGGGCAGAUGAGCUCAACAACAUCCUUUGGGCAUACAGAACUACGAGUCAUACUGCCACAGGUGAAACGCCCUAUCAUCUGGCCUUUGGUACCGAAGCAGUCAUCCCUCUCGAGAUAGGAGUCCCAAGCUUCAGGGCAACCCAUUUCGAUGAAGGACGAAAUGGACAGCUGCUUUGGGAGAACCUUGAUCUGCUUGAUGAAUUAGCACCAAACUGGGAAGGCCCCUACACUGUUGCCGAAGUGCCGCACCCCGAUACUUAUAUCCUGCGGGACACUAAAGGUAAAAGGGUUCCUAGAGUCUGGAACGUCAAUAACUUGAAGAAGUUUUACCCUUAAUAUACUUCUUUCAAGUAAACUCUAUCUUAAUCGUUAUUACUCUCUUUCCUUCUGCUCAAUCUAAUGUGUAUUCGAACUCAAUUCAUUUAUCUCAUUUAUGAAUUUCACUUCACAUUCGAACUAAUUCAGUUCUUUUUGUGUUGGAAGUAGAGUUCACUUAUUUCUCAAGUUUGUAACUUCUUUAGUCACUUCCUUUUUUUGGCAUAGGAUUUUUCUUAGUAAGUCACAUUUUACUUUUGAAGUAAUUUACUUUAUCUUUUCUGAUCUGUAUGUUUGAGGUCCGCCUCAUGUGUAUCCGAAGUCAGACCCUUGCGCCAACUAAAGUCGCUUUCUUUUGUCUGAGGUAAUUCACUUCAAAUAACACAGCAAUUUGAAA